UAUAAAAAAAAAGCUUGAGUUUGCCCUAUUUUAUUUUAUUUUUUUUAGGUUUCUUCUUGUGGGGUGAAUGGCUAAGGAACUGCUUGUAAAUAAACACUAUUCCCAGUUCAACAGAGCCUGACAGGUGCUCAAACAGAUAAUUCUGUUUGAAAACUAGCAAGUGACUCCAUCAACUAUGGAGGAGAUUGUGAGCCCUGAGCUAGCUCAAACUCCUAAGCCUGAGUCCAGCCAGGAUUUGGAUUCCAGUUCACAAGCUCCAGCUCUUGCUGCUGAGGAGGAAAAGGACAGUAAGUGUGACUCUGGCCAAAGUGAUGCCGCUGGCAAAGAACAAGUAGAAGAAGUAAAGAAAUCUGCCAAGAACUCUGGCGAACUUAGGAAGACUUGGGGGUUCCGCAGGACCACUAUUGCAAAAAGGGACAUGGCGGGAGAGACGGCAGGCCUAACGGAGGGUCCUGGCGCACCGGUGCGGCGAAGCGGCAGACAGGCAAAGCGUACCGAUAAGCUAGAGGAGUUCCUGGUGACAGUGAAGCGAGGGAGAGGAGUGGCCAGACGUAGCGCCCCAGCUCACCUGGAAGGUGGAGAUCCGCCGUCUGAGAGUGCCUCAGAGGCUAGCUUUGACGGGAGCACAGAGACCAAAGUGACUGAAAACAAAUCACCAUCCCCUGUUAGAAUGACUCGAGCGAGAGUCAGGGGAAGGAUGACCCCGAAUCUCAAAGCCGACAUGGCCGACUCGGACAGCGAAGAGGAUAGUUCAGAGAACGAAGAGAGCGCCACACAAGAGGUACAAGAAAAGCUUGAAAUGGAGCUCGAUACGGAAGAGGCCAAGAACGAGGAGGACAUAAAGGAACAGAAACAAGAUGAAGAAUUAGACGAGCAAGGUGAAGAGACAAGCAAGGAAGAAGUACCUGCCAAUAUUAGAUCUUCAAGGAGCCCUUUGAAAUCAGGACCCAGAAGAGAAUCUAAGCCUAAGCUCGGGGCAUGCAAAGAGAAGGACGAGGAGGAAGAGUCAGAGUCCUCGUCCAGCGAGUCUGAUCAUGAUGGUUAUGAUCCAAAUGCACUUUACUGUAUCUGCAGACAGAAACACAACAAAAGGUUCAUGAUCUGUUGCGACCGCUGCGAGGAGUGGUUCCAUGGAGAUUGCGUGGGCAUUACGGAGGCACGCGGUCGCCUGAUGGAGCGCAACAGUGAGGACUAUGUGUGUCCCAACUGCACCGGCAGGAAAGCCCAGGGCGCCAAGUCGUCCACUUCUACAGCAGGAGCUGAGGCGGGCAAACGACCUGCGACUCCCACUGCUGCUCGCAAGGCAGAGCCCAGUCAACUUCUUGUUAGCCAAGCCAAUGUCCAAACAUCUCCAAGUGCUGCCGGUCUGCUUCCCGCUACGACGGUUUUCACUGGAGAAGAGAAGAUUGGGGAAGAAGUCGGCAUCAAGGGCAGAAUUGAGAAAGCUACUAACCCAAGCGGCAAAAAGAAAAUAAAGAUUUUCCAGCCGCAGGUGAUGGCGACCGCAGAGGAAUCCUCUCUUCCCAAGUGCAUCGGUCCCGGCUGCGAGAGAGACGCUCUGCCUGACUCGGUCUACUGUGGUAACGACUGCAUCCUCAAGCAUGCUGCCGCCGCCAUGAAGACCAUCACUACGGACAGCAAGGAGACUAAACCCAAGGAGAAGCCCAAGCCAAAAAUCCUGAAGAAGCCUGCCGUCGUUUCUACUGUCAAGAGUGGUCCUGGUCCUGAGAGAAGGAGCAGCAGGAGGUCCACUGACUCAUCCAGCAAAGCUCAAGAGGAGUCUUUGGAGUCGGAAUCCCGUGAAGAUGAAGAAGACGAGGACGAAGAAGACAGAGUUGCAGAGGAGCAUCCGCCACCCCCAGCCAUGUCGUCCUGGUCAAGUGACCAUAAUUACAUUGCAGUAGCGCCAGAAAAGACUACAGCAAUAUCACCAACUGUGUUAAACAAAGCGUCAGCAACCCAGAAGGAUGAGGAGGAAAAAUCAGAAGAACCUGAACCAGAAAAGAAAGAGCCAGCUCCUGUUGAGAAGAAACCCCCAGCAGUAACUGUCUCUCCCAAAGGAGGCAAAAAGUCCCCAGCCCCGAAGAUGGCCAAGACCGCUUCAGUCUCUACGCCCAAAGGCAAAACAAGCACUGUGUCUCCAAGUGGUGGCAAAGACUUCAAAAAGCAGUCUUCAUCCCAAGGCAAAGCGGUCAAAUCCAAAAAACCAGGACCACCCCCUCCUCCAAUUCCAGUCUUCUCUUCUUCAGGUCCUCCUGGAUCACGGCUUCAUCCCACUGGAGCUCUGAGCGUUGGCAAGAGCUCCUUCACCAUUCCAAAAAAGCAGCCACAGUCAGGAGUGAAGGAAACUACGAGUUCUGGUCACUCUUCGGCCUCCAGGAUGCCUCCUGCAUCUACGCCAUCUAGCUCCCAGAGCCAGGCACCAGUGUCCAAACCUGCUCCCCCGGCAGCACCUCUUCCUCCACAAGCUCCUCCUAACAACCAGAUGAGGUCGAACAUUCGUCGUUCGCUUACAGACAUUCUGUAUAAAAGGGUGAGCGACAGCGAUGAUCUCUCCAUGUCUGAGAGCGAGGUGGGCAAGCUGGCUGUCAACAUUGAGAAAGAAAUGUUUAAUCUGUACAUGAACACAGACAGCAAGUACAAGAACAAGUACAGAUCUUUAAUGUUCAACCUAAAGGACCCAAAGAAUAAGGGCUUGUUCUAUCGUGUGAUUGGUGGAGAGGUCAGCCCAUUCCGGUUAGUGAGGCUCAGCCCUGAAGAAUUGCUCUCUAAAGAGAUUUCCGAUUGGAGAAAAAGCGGUACUUCUGAGAUUAUGGAUUCUAGUGGAAGGACCCAGUUCGGGCAGUCCAAAGCCGGAUCCAAACAAGACUCGGCUCCUCCUGAUGUUGACAUGGAAGAAGCUCCUGCCAUGUCUGAUGGAGAUGUAUGUAUCUCUGCUACUUCCCAAUCACCUCGCUUGGCUUCUGGGGCAGAUCAUCAGGAGUCCUAUUCUUCUGCCACACCUCAAAGUUCCAAUUCAGCAGGAAAAAGCAGUGCUGUCCCAGACAUUUUGAGCAACAUGUUGAAAGACACCACUGCAGAACACAGGGCUCACCUGUUUGACCUUAACUGCAAGAUCUGCACAGGUCAGAAGUCAGCUGAUGAUGAGCCAGCAGCUAAAAAGCCCAAAAUGUCAGUUCCUAAAAAACAGGACCCCCCCGAAAAAGCGAAAACGGAGCAGCGACCCUCCAAGCUGCCUGCAGACCAACCUAAUGUUUCUUACUCGACCAGUGACGGGUCAACGCUUCAUCAGCCAAGUAGUAUAGAAGAUCAGAGCCCCACAGUGCCUGCUGUGCAAGCCCCUGUGGUAAUAUCUGCAGUUUCAUCUGUUACUAUAAGCCGUCGUGACCCUCGUACUGCCAGCCACCGCUCCUCUGCACCUCUCGCUCAGACUGAACCUGAUGUCACUUUGCCUGUCAGAGCACCAGUCAGUGUGCCUGUUGCCACCCCUGUGCCCUCUGAAUUUCCUGCAGUGGACAUGAAGGGGCAGUUGCCUAUGCCACCUCCAGCUCCAGUAUCUCUGCCUAAACCUGUGAUGCCAAAACAAGCCUCUUCAACAGAAUCACGGCAUUACGGGACCAGUGCAGCCAGCGAACCUCCUCCUGAAGGUGAGACAGCUCUGUUCUUGUCAGGGCAGGAGAUUAUGUGGAAAGGAUUCGUCAACAUGCAUUCUGUUGCCAAGUUUGUCACAAAGGCCUACCUGGUCUCAGGAUCGUUUGAGCAUCUCAAGGAGGACUUACCCGAUACUAUUCACAUUGGCGGUAGAAUAUCGCCACACACAGUCUGGGACUAUGUUGGUAAACUGAAGACUUCGUUGUCGAAAGAGCUUUGUCUUAUUCGUUUCCAUCCAGCAACUGAAGAGGAGGAAGUCGCAUAUGUGUCCUUGUUUUCUUAUUUCAGCAGCCGUAAGCGGUUUGGCGUAGUGGCCAACAGCAACAAACGAAUAAAAGACCUUUACCUCAUUCCACUGAGCUUCAAGGACCCUCUGCCUGCUAAGCUCUUACCUUUUGAUGGACCAGGUCUCGAGCCAGCUCGUCCAAAUCUCCUGCUUGGGCUGCUAAUUUGUCAGAAAGACAAAAAGCGUGCUGGAGCUCCUCUGGAAAGUGAGGAAAAACGUUCAAAAACACAGCGAGAUGAAGAGACAGGACUCCCAAAACCAGUCAUUGUUAGCAAAACUGAUAAAUCUAUAAGAAUCACCCAGGAGACCCUCAGCACAACUCCACCUGGUACUCCACCCACUCUCAGCGGUUCUGAGUCAUCAGCUGGUCCACUUCCAUCGUCAGUGUUUUCCAUCUUGUCCUCCGUCAAGGCACCUGGUAUCACCACAAGUACAGGCAGUAAUUCUCCAUCAAUUACAACCAUCCCAGUAGUUCCUCCUAUGUCUGCCACGCCACUGCAGACCAUCCUUAAGACCUUGUUUGGUAAGAAGGAUUCUGAAGCUUCUCAGUCCCCGUCAGAUCGAAGUUCAACAGAUGUUUCUGUUCCUUUGCUCGAUCCGAUAGUUGAACAAUUUGGUAUUACAAAAAGUAAAAAUAUAGAUGAACAAGAAGAUGAUAGACCAUAUGACCCUGAAGAAGAAUAUGAUCCCAGUGUUUCAUAUGCUAAAGAAAAGGCUAGUGAUACUAUGGUCUCUAAAAGCAUCAUGCAACCAGAGGCCAAAGCUGGGAUGGUAGAUGAUGUUGCAUAUGACCCUGAAGAUGACUCCAUUUUUGAAGAGGUUAAGGGUGAUCCAGGUUCUAAGAAACAGCCAGAGGAACAGGACCAGCAAAUAACCGACACCAAAUCUCUCUUGGCAAACACUCAGUUGCUUGUUAAAAAGGCUGAGCAGUUGGUCACAAAAAGCACAGCUACUACUCCAGUUAUUAAUCAGAGAAGGGAUCCCAGGCAGACUAGGGACCCUAGACAGGUGGCUGCCAUUCAAAGACUGAAUUCCGAUGAUUCCAUAGAGAAGGAAGAGGCUCCAGUUGUUACGUCUACUACUAGUACUUCCGAUGCUACAGCUGCUUCUACUACAAUAACAGAAAAACCACCCAUUGACAUUGCUGCAAUACUAGACACAUUAACAUCACAACAGCCUAAAGUAAUAGAUCCUCCUUUACAGGAUUCCUUAACUGAAGAACCAACAGAACCUUAUGUAACCACAGAUGUGCCACAAUCACAAGAUAAUGCUAAAGUUGACUCAGAACUAUUGCAUUCAACCGAUCCUCAGUUAGAGCUAACUCAAGAGGAAUCAAACAGUGAAGAGGUGCCUUUCCUAGAUGCGGAUAGCACAGAAAUUCCACUUUUAGGGGAAAAAAUAGACCCUGAUCUAGUCGAAAGUUACUUGGACACAGAACCUAAACAAACUCCUAAAGAAAGUGAUGCUCCAUUUGAAUCAGAAAAGAAGAGUUUUGAAGAAAUCUGGCCUAAUUCUGCAUCCAUCUUAAAAAAAGAGCUAAUGCCCUCUGUUGAAGAGUCAACAGAAUCUUCUACAACAUAUUACAACAUCACAACAAUCAGUACGCCAAUGACUUCUCUGGGAAGGUCCCAAGAUGUGACGCAAGUGAGUUCAUCUUAUAUGGAUUCACAUAGCUCUCAUAUGCUGCACAUGACUGGGCCAAACUCUCAAACUGAUUAUCGAGGCCCUUCAGACAUUCCACCUCCAAUGUCUUUUCCCCCACCUGUCAGGCCUCCACCGGCGCUUGGUCCACCACCAAUGACCGUUCCACCCCCCUUGCAUAUUCCCCUUUCAAUGUCGGGGCCACCUCCCAUUUCAGGACCACCUCCAAUGCAGCUGCCUCCAACAAUGCAAGGCCCACCUUUAUCUCAUGGGGAAAAUGACCUGUCACAAUAUCCACCACCUGGUCCAUAUGCACCUUACCAGAAUCAGUGGGGAAACAGUCCACAGUUUGAUGCGUCGAGAGGGCCUCCUCCAAUGGUUACACCCAGAGGGCCUCCCCUUUCAGUUCCACUAAUGAGUCAAAGAGGACCCCCUCCUCAAAUAUUUAAUAACAACAUGCCCCCUCAACAUAUAGCACCCCGAGGCCCACCUCCCGGUCCUCCUCCACCUGGCCCACCACCCCCCCCUUUUGAUGGGCAAAGAUUCAAUGGGCCUCCUCUACCUUUCAACUUCCCCGGACCCCGAGGCCCACCACCACCAUUUGCAGGCCCUCCACCUGGUCAUUUUGAUAGCAGGCCACCGCCUCCAUCACACUUUGCUGGGCCAAGAGGUCCACUUCCUCCACACAGCAUUGGAGAAUCUGGACCACUCUCACGAGGGCCUGCAGACAAGGACGGUGGAAGUAGUUAUCAGCCAGGGAUUGAACAAACGCAGGGACAAACGGCCUCAAACAAUUACAGAGACAAUCACGGACCUCCCUUCAGGGGACCUCUACCAAGCCACUUUGAUGGACGAAGAGGCCCGCCAGGAUCUGCAGGAGAUAUUCCAGGGCACCGAUUUCCUCCUCCGAACCAAUUUCGCGGUUCACCUCAGGAUAGAAUAUCCUUUGAAGAACCAAGAGGAGGUUCAACCCAAGACUUGGAGAGACACAGAGGUCCAACCCCUCAGCAUUUUGGAGGGCCAAGAGCUCCAAUACCAGCACACUUCUCUGAAAACGACUCUGGAAGUCAGACAUCACGCUUUCAGCUCAGUGACCAUCUAAAUGACAUUAGACCUAUAAGGGGACCUCUGUUGCCAACUCCUUCUGAAGGUCCUAUCCCAGUACCGGGGCGCAUGGGUGGACAUAGUCCAGAGCUCCAUCGUGAUGACCACUGGAGAAGACACUCCCCUGAAAUGAGAAGACGCAGCAGCUCGACUAGGGAUGGUGUUGAACCUCAGGACAGGUCAAGUCGGUUUGACAGUGGCCCUCGUGACCGAGAUGGAGAAGAAAGACAGCGAGAUGCGUCUGAGGACAGGAGGAGAGACAGAGACAGGGAUGGGCCACAUGGUGGACGGUCGUGGGGCUGGACUAGAGAUCGUGAAUGGGAUCGCGGUAGGGAGAGAGACCGCGAUAGAGAUAGGGAGAGAGACCAGAGUAGAGAUAGAGAUCGGGAGAGAGACCACAGUAGAGACAGGGAUCAGGAACGCAGCAGGGAGAAGGACAGAGAGAGAGAGCGUAGCAGGGAAAGGGAGCGCAGCAGGGGUAGAGACACUGACCGGCACAGAGAAGGCGACGGGGACAAGAGGAGAGAACGGGAAAGAGAACGGGAUAGAGAUCGUGGCAGGGAGAGAGAAUCAGACCGGAAAGACCAUGACCGAGACAGAGGAAAAAACAGAGAGAGGGAUAGAGACCGUGACCGAGAUAGAGACAGUAGGGACAAAAGACGAGAUCGAUCAAGGAGCCGUGAACGGGACCGUGGAAGAGAUAGAGAUAGACGAGAUCGUGAUAGAGAGCGGGACCGGGAGAAAGAUCGGGAGAAAGAUCGGGAGAAAGAUCGGGAGAAGGACCGGGAGAAGGACCGGGAGAAAGAGAGGGAGAAAGAGAGGGAGAAGGACCGGGAGAAGGACCGGGAGAAGGACCGGGAGAAGGACCGGGAGAAGGACAGGGAGAAGGACAGGGAGAAGGACAGGGAGAAGGACAGGGAGAAGGAUAGGGACAGAAGACAGCGGAGCAGAAGCAAAGACCGAAAGGAGCCGAAAAAAGAAAGGCCUGAGACCUCAAAGGACACUGAGAAGUCUACUGAUAAUGAAGUCAUGUCCUAAUAUUUGUUUUCUUUACAGUGCUUAUGACCUCCUUCAUAUUUGACAAGCUUUGGUACUUGGAAUUCUUUUCUAAACAGAUUUGCAUGUUUGUGAAACUACUCUCCAUGGGUAAUUUGAAGUCCAUUUUGAAUGUUUUUCACUGCUUCCUUGACAGAUAUUGUGCUUACUUUCAAGGACAUUUGACAUGCCAGUUUCAUUUAAAGAUGCUGUUAGAGGGAUAAGGUCUUACCACGCUACCACCUGGUAAAAUAUUUUAAAAAGUACAUAAAAAAAAUAGACAUGUAAAUAUGUAUUUGUGUAUAUACAUACAUGUAUGUUUUUACCUAUGGUUUUUCUAGUAGAGAGGUGAAGCCAUAUAGCUUAAAAGAAAUGAUGAAAGAGGGAUAAACCGUGGCCUUGAUGAACAAGGUUUCUCUACAGAAAAACUUGAUUAGCUGUCAAUAGUUAUGCCUACAGGUUUUUUCAGUCAGAUGUUCUGUACGCUUUAUCAGGUUUUGUUUAUUAAACCCCUCUUUGUACAA